AUGCUCUGUCGAGACUCUGUACACUACCACUGCCCUUCCUGCAUUCGAAAAUCUGAUAUGGAAAGGCAUUUAUGUAUAUGUAAUAGCCCUGCAGCUCCUCCUCUACAGUCCUCGGUGUCUGCAGCUCCUCCUCAGCAGUUCUCGGUGUCUGCAGCUCCUCCUGUGCAGUCCUUGGUGUCUGCAGCUCCUCCUGUGCAGUCCUCAGUGUCUGCAGCUCCUCCUGUGCAGUCCUCGGUGUCUGCAGCUCCUCCCGUGCAGUUCUCGGUGUCUGCAGCUCCUCCUGUGCAGUCCUCGGUGUCUGCAGCUCCUCCCGUGCAGUCCUUGGUGUCUGCAGUUCCUCCUGUGCAGUCCUCAGUGUCUGCAGCUCCUCCUCUACAGUCCUCGGUGUCUGCAGCUCCUCCUGUGCAGUCCUCGGUGUCUGCAGCUCCUCCUCUACAGUCCUCGGUGUCUGCAGUUCCUUCUCUGCAGUCCUCGGUCUCUACUCCGAAUGCCAAGAAAAUAGUGUAA